GUGGAGAAGAGGCGGUGCUUCGGCUCCACAGCCUUUCUCGGUCUAUGCAGCCGUUAGUUACUUGGCAAGCCGGGCUGAGAAGCGAAGGAUAAGAGCAUUCCUGUGGAAUCAUUAAUGAUAUAGACAGCUAGCAAAGCAGUCGGGGCCGGGGUGACUGUACGCACAAUUUCAUAUGAACAAAACGUUUGCCUGGCUAGCUAAUAUUGUGGAUGAGUCGACCUGCUCGUCAUUUUGAGGGAUUUUUCAAUUGAAUGAAGUAGCCAUCUAUUUUUUAUGCUUUUGGAUAUGAAAAAGGAUUCUUCCAUUUUUUCUGAGGAAAAAGUCAAUGCAUCGAUCCGGUCUUUUGUAUUUUCAAUAUUAGGAAGCAUUGCGUUCCAGUCCAGGGAAGGCGUGUGAAUUAAUUGCGGUGUUCUGUUGAAUUAAUGUCAUUCUCUCUCUGCAGUUGGCAAGCCUACUGUCUGUGUGUGGUUUCUUCUUAACGUUCGCUCGGUAGUAGACGGAAAAAAGGGAUUUUUGAACAAUGCGAAAUCCAGCGACUGCAUUCCUGGUUCAUGUCAAGAAAUGUAGCUAGAUAGGAGAUAGCUAUCUUGUUGGAUAGCUAACGUUAACUAAUUAGCUAGCGCUCCUUAUUGCAGUGCUUUCCCUCAAACGUUGUAAUACUGGAUUUCAAUAAAUAUUUGGAUGUAAUGGGAUAUGAGUGUCUAUAAAAAUAAUUCAUUCAACUGCACGAGCAGCGCCACUUAAAGGUCAGCAUAUUUACUGGGCAGAAAAGAAAAUCAUCUAAAACCAAAGGAUAUACCUUUUUCUUUUUACAUUUCUGGGAUAAUUGGCUAGCUGACAAUCUACCCAAAAUGGAAUGCGAAGUAUUUACGCCUUUGCUGGAGCAAUUUAUGGUAACCCCGUUGGUUACUUGGGUGAAGACUUUCGGACAAUCUUUUGGAAAAGGUGGCAACAAACUUUCGGAAUACAUUGACCUAGUGGACGGCAUCUGUUUAAAUGAGAUCAUGCUCCAGAUAAAUCCGAAGGCUUCGGUUCAGAGAACCAACAAGAACGUGAACAACGACUCGACGCUGCGGAUACAGAACCUGAAGAUUCUGAUUGGCCAGAUCAAGUCGUACUACCAGGAGACGCUGCAGCAGCUGAUCAUGAUGCCGCUUCCCAACAUCCUGGUGCUGGGCAAAACCCCUCUGUGCGAACAAAGUCUGGAGGAAAUGAAGAAGCUGUUGCUGCUGCUGCUGGGAUGUGCGGUCCAGUGUGAGCAGAAGGAAGAGUACAUAGAGAAGAUCCAGGGCCUGGACUUCGACACAAAGGCGGCCAUCGCGUCUCACAUACAGGAGGUGACCCAUAACCAGGAGAAGGUGUUGGACCUGCAGUGGCUGGAGGCAGGCUCGCUCGCCCCGGAGGACCUGGACUCUCUCUCCAGGAGCAUGGCCUUCCACCUCAAGCGGCUGGUGGACGAGAGGGACGAGCAGCUGGAGACGAUCGUGGAGCUGACUCAGGAGAGGGACUGCGGCCAGCUCGCAGCCCCCGCCCCCAGCGCCCAGUCCCCCAACGACUCUCCCAGCAUGCACCGCACCGAGAGCCGCCAGCACCUGUCCGUGGAGCUGGCCGACGCCAAGGCCAAGAUCCGCCGCCUCAGGCAGGAGCUUGAGGAGAAGAGUGAGCAGUUGAUGGAUUGCCGGCAGGAGUUGGAGAAUCUGGAGGUGGAGCUUAAGAGGAUCCAGCAGGAGAACAUGCAGCUGCUGUCGGACGCGCGGUCGGCCCGGGCGUACCGCGACGAGCUGGACGCCCUGCGAGAGAAGGCCAUCCGUGUGGAUAAGCUGGAGAGCGAAGUGGGCCGCUACAAGGAGAGGCUGCACGACAUCGAGUUCUACAAGGCCAGAGUGGAGGAGCUGAAGGAGGAUAACCAGGUGCUGCUGGAGACUAAGACCAUGCUGGAGGACCAGCUGGAGGGCUCUAGGGCACGCUCAGACAAGCUCCACGAGCUGGAGAAAGAGAGCCUGCAGCUCAAGGCCAAGAUCCACGACAUGGAGAUGGACCGGGACAUUGGCAGGAAGCGGAUCGAGGAGCUCCUGGAGGAGAACCUGGCCCUGGAGAUGGCUCAGAAGCAGAGCAUGGACGAGUCUCUGCACCUGGGCUGGGAGCUGGAGCAGCUGACCAAGGCCCCCGAGCUCAGCGAGGCAGUCCCGCAGAAGUCCCUGGGUCACGAGGUGAACGAGCUGACCUCCAGCCGCCUGCUGAAGCUGGAGAAGGAGAACCAGGCGCUGCUGAGGACGGUGGAGGAGCUGAAGGGCGCCGGCGAGCCCGCGGAGGAGGGAGGCGCGCGUCUCCUCCGGGCGGAGCAGGAGAACCAGAGGCUCACUCAGAAGCUGGAGCAGCUGCAGACCGAGCUGCGCGCAGACAGGCAGGGUCUGCACAGCUCAGAGAGCCUCAGCGCUGACCUGAUGAAGGAGAAAGCCCAGCUGGAGAAAACACUGGAGACACUGCGGGAGAACUCUGAGCGACAGCUGAAGGUUCUGGAGCAGGAGAACGAUCACCUGACGCAGACGGUGGCCUCGCUGCGGCAGCGCUCGCAGGUGAGCGUGGAGGCGCGCGUCCGGGACGUGGAGAAGGAGAACCGCGUCCUGCACGAGUCCGUCAAGGAGACGAGCGCGCGGCUGAGCAAGGCGGAGUUCGAGCGCAAGCAGCUGCGGCGGGAGCUGGAGGAGCGGCGGGAGGCGGGCGAGCGGGCCGAGGAGCUGGAGGCGGAGCUCCGGCGGCUGGAGCGGGAGAACGAGGGCCUGGCGAAGCGCGCGGCGGGCCUGGGCGCCGCCCGCGACCGCGCCGAGGCGCUGGAGCGCCACAACGGCGAGCUGGAGGCGGAGGCGCGGCGCCUGAGGAAGAGGCUGGACGGGCUGCGGGGCACGGAGCUCCAGCUGGAGGCGCUGGAGAAGGAGAACGCCCAGCUGGAGGAGGAGAACCUGGAGCUGCGCCGGUCCGGGGAGGCGCUGCGGGCGGCGGAGCAGGAGAACCGGGAGCUGGAGGCGGAGCGGAGCCAGCUGCGGAAGAGCCUGGAUCUCCUGCGCGCCUCCUCCAAGAAGACGGAGCGGCUGGAGGCCAGCUGCCAGGGCCUGGACACGGAGAACCAGCGGCUGCAGAAGGCCCUGGAGAACAGCAGCCGCAAGAUCCAGCAGCUGGAGGACGAGCUGCGGGAGGUGGAGGCGGAGAACCAGGGCCUGCAGCGCAGCCUGGAGGAGCUGAAGGUCUCCAGCAAGCGCCUGGAGCAGCUAGAGAAGGAGAGCCGGGCGCUGGAGCAGGAGACGGCCCAGCUGGAGAAGGACAAGAAGCAGCUGGAGAAGGAGAACCGGCGGCUGCGGCAGCAGGCCGAGAUCCGCGACGCCUCGCUGGACGAGAGCCACGCCCGCCUGGCCCGCCUGGAGCAGGAGAACCGCGCCCUGGGCAAGGAGGCCGCCGUCUCCAGGGACUCCUGCGGCCGCGUCCGCGACCUGGAGAAGGACAACAAGGAGCUGCUCAAGCAGGCCACCAUCGACAAGAAGACCCUGCUCACCUUACGAGAGGAGCUGGUGAGUGAGAAGCUGCGGACUCAGCAGAUGAACAACGAUCUGGAGAAGCUGACGCACGAGCUGGAGAAGAUCGGCCUGAACAAGGAGAGACUGCUGCAGGACGAGCAGAACACGGACGACAGCAGGUACAAGCUGCUGGAGUCUAAGCUGGAGUCCACGCUGAAGAAGUCCCUGGAGAUCAAGGGGGAGAAGAUUGCCGCCCUGGAGGCCAGGCUGGAGGAGUCAUCCAACCUCAACCAGCAGCUGCGGCAGGAGUUGAAGACUGUGAAGAAGAACUACGAGGCCCUGCGGCAGAGGGAGGAGGAGGAGCGAAUGGUGCAUAGCUCCCCCCCGAGGGCAGGGGAGGAGGUGCAGGUGGCCAGCAGGUGGGAGAAGGAGAGCCAGGAGGCCACACGGGAGUUACUGAAGGUCAAGGACCGGCUCAUUGAGGUGGAGAGGAACAACGCCACGCUGCAGGCGGAGAAGCAGGCGCUGCGCACGCAGCUGAAGCAGCUGGACACGCAGAGCGCAAACCUGCAGGAGCAGAUCCUGGCUCUGCAGCGGCAGACCGCCUCCCUGCAGGAGAACAACACCACCCUGCAGACGCAGAACGCCAAGCUGCAGGUGGAGAACUCCACCCUGAACUCGCAGAGCGCCGCCCUGCUGGCGCAGAACGCGCAGCUGCAGAGCCAGCAGUGCAGCGCCGAGAGCGAGCGGGAGGGGGCGCUGCGGGAGCGGGAGGACCUGCGCUGCGCCCACGAGCUGCUGCUGCGCGACCACGAGAAGCUGGCGGCGCUGCACGAGCGCCAGGCCGCCGAGUACGAGGCGCUCAUCAGCAAGCACGGCGGCCUCAAGGUGGCGCACAAGAGCCUGGAGCUGGAGCACCGCGAGCUGGAGGACCGGUACAACCAGCUGCUCCAGCAGAAGGCCCAGCUGGAGGACCUGGAGAAGGCUCUGAAGGCUGAGCAGGAGAAGAUGCUUCUGGAAAGCAAGAACCACGAGGCCACCGCCAAAGAGCUCCACAAACUGAAGGAGGAGAACGACAAGCUGAACCAGACGUACCAGCAGCUGGUGAAGGACAACGAGGGCCUGCAGGCCGAUCACAAGAGCCUGAAGAGCCAGCUGAACAGCAGCAGGCUGGAGCACACCCGCCUGGAGGCCGAGUUCUCCAGGCUGAAGGAGCAGUACCAGCAGCUGGACAUCACCUCCACCAAACUGACCAAUCAGUGCGAGCUCCUGAGCCAGCUGAAGGGGAACCUGGAGGAGGAGAACCGGCACCUGCUGGACCAGAUCCAGACCCUGAUGCUGCAGAACCGGACCCUGCUGGAGCAGACCAUGGAGAGCAAGGACCUGUUCCACGUGGAGCAGAGACAGUACAUAGACAAACUGAACGAGCUGAGGAGGCAGAAGGAGAAGCUGGAGGAGAAGAUCAUGGACCAGUACAAGUUCUACGACCCCUCCCCCCCACGCAGACGAGGGAACUGGAUCACGCUGAAGAUGAAGAAGCUGAUCAAGCCGAAGAGCCGCGAGAGGCAGCGCUCGCUGACGCUCACGCCCCCCCGCUCCGAGUCCAGCGACGGCUUCCUGGGCCCCGCCCCCCAGGACAGCCAGGACAGCUCGUCCAUGGGCUCGCUGGACGACACGCUCAGCCACAAGAGGAGCAGCAGGAAGAGAGAGAAGUACAUCCAAUUGCAGUGCCCCUCUAACGCCCUGAAACGGUUGCCCUUUAUGAGGAACAGGUCCAAGGAGAAGGACAAAGUGAAGGCAGCCUACCGCCGCUCCAUGUCCAUGAACGACCUGCUGCAGACCAUGGCCCUGGCGGGGGCCCAGUGGCCGGGCAGCUCGGAGAACCUGGACGGGCCGGAGGCCCCCGAGGGCGGCCCCCGCAUGGAGCUGGGCUCCAUGGCCUACUCCACCACCGCCAUCAACUACGCCACCCUGCGCCUGCCCUCCCGCCACCGUGCCCAGCAGCAGCGCGCCGCCAAAGACAACGCGUCCAGCGAGGACGUCGCCCCAACCUCAUCGGACAGCAUCAACGGGCCGAGGAGUCAAGGCACAGUGAAUGGCAGCCACAGUCGCCCCCACAGUGAGAGCAGUGGGGAGUUCAGUCUCAGUCUGGAUAAUGAGGCCUGGUCCAGCAGCAGCAGCCCCGUCCAGCAGCCCCCCUCCCACAGAUCGUCCCGCCAGAGCCCCCAAAUCUUCCGCAGGAGCCUGGAGCCCCCCGUCCCGCAGGCCCAGGGCACAGCCUCCUCGCCUGGGAGCGAGGUGCUGUCCCUGCAGCAAUUUCUGCGGGAGAACAAGGACCCAGCGGAGUCUGACAGACAGGAGGCUCCCCCAAUGGAGACCAGCCGCAGGACCUCAGAUUCCGCGAGGGCGGAGCCUAAAGAGCGCGCCGCCCGCAGCGGUAAGGGCAUCCUGCGCUCGGCCAGCGGGAGGGCCGACCCCACCCCCGAGGGGCGGGCCCUGAAGGGGGCGGGGCGGCCGGCGCUGCGGAAGGCGGAGAGCGCGCGGGUGAAGGUCCGAGCCGCCUCCACGUCGGACUGCCCCGCCUCCUCCACCCUGCCCCGCGCCAGCAGCGUCAUCUCCACCGCCGAGGGCACCACCCGCAGGACCAGCAUCCACGACUUCCUGUCCAAGGACGCCCGGUCGCCCGUCUCCGUCGACCCCGCCCCCGCAGGCGGCCAGGCCACGCCCAGUGAGUACCUCCCGGAUCCACACCCUUGCAAGCGCCCCCCGCCCCUGACCAAAUCGGCCAGUGUCCCGGGCUCCGCCCCCAGCUCCUCCCCCUGGCUCUUUAGCCCCUCCUUCACCGUAGACUCUCUCUUUACGGACACCAUCUUCGGCGAGCCCGCGCCAGCCCCUGCCGUUAAGAGCCACGCCCUCCUGUCACUCAACACCUCCCUCGUCAGCAACAUCACCGGCCCACGCCCAAACCCCACCCCCGGCCCCGCCCCCUGCACCCACACCCCAGGACGGGAGCCCGGGGCGAACGCGGCCCCCGGGCAGCCCCCCCACCACACUAACGGUGAUGUCACCACUCCUGAUCACGUGAUUCCCGACCCCCAAUCCCGGGCCUCGUCCCCUGAGGAGCCGGCGCCCCUGUGGUACGAGUACGGCUGCGUUUGAUCCCGCCGCCGCGGGCGUCCCGGGCCGCCGCGUCCCCGAACCGAUCCCACAUCCCGCCAAAUCCCCUGCUUCGGGACGUUUGGCGAGAAGUGGGCGCGCCCACCUGCAUGUUUGGGAAAGACUGGCGCCUCUCAGCUUGCUUGAAUGAUUGAGAAAUCGCUGUCCUCCUGAUCUGUGCUGUCAGGUGUGUGGGACUAUCCUCUGUCUAAAACCCCAUUUCCCCUCUGACUCAGCGAAUGACCUCACCCCCAUGAUCCACCUGUGAUGUUUCCUUUGUAAAUAUCUCAUACGUCUCUGUUAACCAUGCGGAUCCAGCAAAUAUGUCAAUUCAUCUGUUAAUCUGCUCAUGCUUUGACAAUUGAUUCUUUUUUAAUUCACUCAUUUUAUUUGCAUUGUAAUUUUGUAAUUUUUGUUCAUUUUUAACUGGCUUAUUACAUACAGAAUAGUGUGUAUCUAGCAUGAUUAUCUUGAUAAUUAUUUAUGAUAAUGCAACUCAUAAAUAACAAAUUCAGCAUAAAAAGCUGUAGAUUUGCUAAGGUGUUCAUAUCGUCAGUUAUAGAAGGGUAGGAGAGACAGAGGUAGUUUUGGCUUAAAUGUGACACUUUUCAAUAUUGAAAAAUCACACAUAAUGUACAGAACCGGUAGUGUGACAGUUGGUAUCACUAAACGGUUAACAUGGAAACCUAACUGAUAAAUUUAAUGUAAUUAAUGCCAAAAAACAAUAAUUUAUAAGAAUAUGAAAGGCUAAUUACUUUAAUACCAUCUUUUUCAACAACACAAAGUAUGAUAGCUUUAAAAAUGUUACACUUUGAGUCCCGGUAUUGGUGCUGAUAGAAACAGUCUGUCUGAAGUAGCUGUUUACAGGCAUUAAUGUGCUAAAAGUUCUGGAAGUUUCUUGCCUUUAAGUAUAAACGCUUGUGGAACGAGCUGGAAUCUCUAAGGGCCCUGAUGGUGUGUCAUAUUAAGGUCAUUUUAAGGGCUGACUCACACGUCUGUAUACAUGGCUUCUGGGAAAAGAUACUGACAGCGGCUGAGUUCUGUUCAUAAGGCUCACAAUUUGUUUUUUAAAAUGUACAUAAUCUACUUACGCUCUGAUUUGUCUUGGGGACAGAAGCAUAUUGUUUAAUGUUAAGUUAUACAACCAAAUUAAACUCAAGUUUAUAAGCUAGUUAAUCGUGUAUUUAAAUAUUUUUUAUCAUUUCUGUGUUGAAGGGUUUUUGGUUUUAAGAGCUUAAUUUAGGGUGUGGUGGUACAGAUGUACAGACGUGUUUGUUGAAAGUGUUUUUUGUGUGUGUGUGAGACGUGUGAAAGCUGCGGGGAGGCGUGAUCUUAGCGUGUCCCCGCAGAUCACCAGCAUGUUCACCGAACCGCAUGGCUGCGCUCCUCCUCUCGUCUGUCACCAGGCCGCCAUUUUGACCGUCGCAAUCAAAAUGGACAUGCGUUCGGUCUCAUGCUCCUUUUGCUUUGUCCAGGAUCAGUCCCAGAAAUGUAACUCUGCUGAGUUCUCCGCAGUAAGGUGGCUACAGUUCUGCUUUUCCUUGUAUAUGGGGGCUGGAAGAUGCUUUUUUUCAUUCACACGGCUAAUUUCAGAUACUCAAAUGAAAUUCUAAUAGUCUUUGGCAAACUUUGUCAAGGUAAAAAAAAAAUACAGCCCAACUGAAGAGUAAUCAUGUCUCAUUUUGCAAGACAAGGACAGGUUCUAGUGAGUGAACCAUGGGAGCUUUUUUGGAAUGAAACCAGUCCCCAUAAAGGCCCUAGUGUGUGAUUUUCAAGCCAGUCUGAAACACGGCCUUUAUGAAGUCAGCCCCCAUAAUGAUCAACCACAAGAAAGGCGAAACUGUGACCACCUUAUUGAGCCGCGUUCGGUGUGGAGGAAGCAGAAACUUGAUUUUGGCCAACGUGCCCCGGGACCGUGGAAGUGCGCGUCCGUUUCAUUCUGUCCUCCGUUUGCCCUCGUCUUCGCCGCGGCGCGAGACGGCGCGCUGGCCCCGCCCAGCGUGUCACGUGUCACAGCGAGUGCCUUUGUUCUGCAGAUGUGGAGGGUUUAAAGGCACGCAGAAAGUCGCAAAGCAGGACAGGGGAGCGCCAGAGCUCCUAAAACGCAGCCUUCUCCCCACCGCCGCUGCCGGAGGAGCGGCUUCCAGUGAAAGAAAAGUGACCUUCCUGCUGUCGGUCUGAAGCCUUUUUAUAUCUGGUCUACUGAGAUGGUCUUCAGUCAAAAAAAGGUGAACUUUAAAAAGAAGCAAAAAAAAAACCCAUCAGAUUCCUUCUUCAGUAGAGAACUAGACUUCCUGCCUUUCCUUGAAUCAAGGAGAAAUCACUUCCCUCAUAAAUUGUAUUGUGACAAGUUUCCCAUUUUUUUGUGAACAUUUGACUGCCAGUGGCGAAUUGCACUGCCUUGUGGUUUUAACACUCUGCUAAUGAGCACACACAAUGGACUGGUGUUUCUGUGCCAAGAUCCACUCCUGGGAAAAAAAACCCGCCAAGCUUUUCACGGAGCUCGAGGACCGGAACACGCCGGAGUCUUCUGUCAAACUCCAUUCUUAAAGCGUGUAAAAAAAAUGCGACUUUCUCCAGGAAUGGCUCUGUCUCCGUUCAGUCACCGCGUAGCCUUUUAACUGCACGCGGAGGCCAGAAACGGAGUCUUAACAACACCCUGGACGAAGCGGUCGAAUCUUCAUGAUCCCUCCGCAGAACAGACAUGGAUGCAAGUUCUCCGUUUUUCCCCCCAGAUGUACGGAAACAGCAUUACGGGAGGACCUUUUAUAUCGCUUUUUUUGGGUUUCGUUUUUACCGCGGUGUGCUGGAUGCCGAACGGAGCUCGGACUCGUGGAACACGGACUGCAUGUUGCUGCAGGAGUGAAGACGGUCGUUUCGUUUGGUCCUUUUUCCCCGAUUGAGUACAGUUCGAUUCCUUUUCCACAGACAUAAAUGCAUUUGAUGUGAGCCCUGCCAGUGUUUUAUUUGUCUGACGAUCCAUCUCCUGCGCACCACUGACUAUUAUGACUAUUAUAUUUAUUUGAUGAAUCAGCGUUUUGUUUUAUUUAAGACAUUCAGCAGAUUUUCUAAUCCUGAGCAACGUACUUAACUUACAUUAUUUUACAUUAAGUCAGUUUAGAUAUUCAGUGAAGCAAUUCAGGUUAAGUAUUACUCAAAUGUACACUUGUGUGCUCUACCCAGGAAUCAACGCAACAACGUUGGAGUUGCAAGGCCAAUUCACUAACCAUUAUGCUACACUACUGCCCGUCUGCAAACACCCUUGAUUGGGGUAGACUGCCCACUGCCAUGCUUCAAUACAGUGGACCAUUUUAUUCAAUUGUACUGUAAAUGUGCUACAGCAGCUGUGCCUCUACUGGAUUCAGACCCGCAAACCCAGUUCCAAUGUCACUAUACCACUCUAACUUUUCCUCUUGACCUUACCUAUUUCACAUCUGGCUCCUGAAGAUUUUUUGGAUUUAACAGGCCUUCUGGUUAAUUCUGUACAGUCAUUCAGUGGAAACAGUGCAGGUCUGUUUGAUAAAUAAAGUCAUUGUACUUCCUUACUGAAAGUCGGUAUUAAAGAAAUCUCUGACGACCCUGAGAAAUGGACAAUGGGAACCAUUAGAAGACACUGUAGGACGCCGCCUCUAGACCUGCAGUGGCAAAUGCAGUACCUUCCCGUUUUAACAGGUACUGGUGUUUUCAUCUCCCAAGAAAUUCCUCCCAGUCCAGUUCAACGGACAUAUUUUCCCACUAAACUUCAUGUUUUUAAAGAUCCCCUAUUUUUGGGGGUAAAGACCCAGCGUGAACCCUGGAUGGUGUGUUUUGCUGUAAAUUCUGUAUAUUCUAUUAGUACAAUGGUCCCUCAAGAUGGGGACCCACAGCAGUAUGAUGUCCUGGCCCCAAAGACAGUCGUGUACAGGCUAUCAUUGGUAUCAUUGGUCUCUGUGGCAAAAGCAGGAGUCUAAUGAUGUUAUGGAGGUCUUGUCAAAGAUGUAAAAAAUGGAUUCCACACCAGCGUAGUAACUGGGAUGUUUGUUGCUAGAAUGAUGAGUCAGUCCCAGCACUCAUUCUGGUUGGUUAAAUUGGACUAGUCUCACUGCUCUAAUCUGAUUGGUUAAACUGGGUUAGUCUCAAUGCUCUAAUCUGAUUUGUUUAACUGGGCUUUUGAUAGCACCUAUAUCAUCAUUUCCAUCUUCCAGUUAUCACUGGAGUGAACACCCACCAAUUAAACACUGCCUUUUACCAUGUACCCUAUCCUUGGUCUACCACUGACUCAUAUGACAGAUCUCUGAGCAAAAUACAACAAAAUGGCACUGAAUUAUGCCACAGGAGAAUUGUAGAAGUACCCAAGAAGACUUGUAGUCCAGGUUAGAUGUUGGAAAUUAAGUUUUUUUUUUUUCCCUGUUCCUGCUUGUGAAAGCUCCCAUUGUAGGAUGUUCUUAUUUCCCCGACAUUGCAGGGAGUGUUUCGCUACUGGGGAUUUGCUGUUUAAUAAGGUUAGAUGAGAAAGGUGCCAUUGCCAACUAUUGUAGACACUGACACCUGCUGGAGAAAGAGGUGUAACAACAGCAUCUGUUUCUUUUUAGAGCUCAGUACCCACAACUUAUCCAUCCAUACACUGGCCCAUACAAGCUUUUGAUUGUUUUUAUUCUUUAUGUGCUGGAUUUAGAAAAUCUUUGAAAAUUUGUAAAACUUAAGUUUAUACCAAUAUUCACCUACUGCCUAGUAAAAAAAGAGGUUCAAGUUUUGUGAUCCUGGCUUAAUUGUUAAAUAUAAGCCAGUUGAUUCCUAAAAAUAAACUUAAGUCAUUGGAAUUUAGU